GGAUAAUCCAUAAGAAACUGCUGCCUCCUCUGUUCCUGACACUAAGAAUAUACGGAAAACCGGUUACAAAUAAAAAAGAUAAAACCAUAAGCAAUGGCAUUAAGAAGCAACAGCCGUCCAAUCUCAGUCGCCAGUUUCCCAGAAAUAUUUACAGAGAAAAAUAGAAAUGAAAACAACGGAUUCCUUAGGGAGUUUGAGGAGUUGAAGGAUGUUGGGAAUGGUCAAUCAAAAAAGGAUGCUGAGCUUCCUGCCAAUGCAGCAAAGAAUCGAUACCCACACAUCCUGCCAUAUGAUCACUCUCGGGUUAAACUGACAAUCAAAGAUGGAGACUUGAAUUCCGGAUAUAUCAAUGCAAAUUAUAUUACAGGCUUUCAUGGUGUCAACGAGUACAUUUCAACACAGGCACCCACACAAGCCUCUCUUGUUGAUUUCUGGCGCAUGAUCUGGGAGCACAAAGUGAGAAAUAUAGUGAUGCUGACAGUGUGCAAAGAAAAGGGCAAGGUAUUGUGUGAUCAGUACUGGCCAUCAGACUCUGCUUCCUAUGGACCAUUUACAGUAAUCUGUGUCUCCAAUCUCUCAUACAGCGAUUGGACUAUUCGUCACUUUAACCUACAUCAUAUUGAGGGCUCCAAAGUCAGGACCGUGUGUCAAAUGCACUAUACGGCUUGGCCAGACCAUGGAGUUCCUAAAACCCCAGAAUCUCUAAUAACGUUUGCAGAACUCGUAAGGGAACAGGUGCAAUCAUUAAAUGAUUCAGGACCCACAGUGGUACACUGCAGUGCUGGUGUAGGACGUAGUGGGACAUUCAUUGCACUGGAUGUGGCUCUGCAACAGCUGUGCUCAGAUCUUUGUAUAGAUAUAUUCAAAACUGUAUACACCAUGCGACUAAACAGAUAUCUAAUGCUACAAACACUGGAACAGUAUAUAUUUGUGCAUCGCUGUAUUUUUGAGAAAAAUUUACAGAAGAGGAAGAACCCCACAGUGUGGACAUGCCAUGCAAAUCGAAAUUAAAUUGGAAAACCAGCAUGAUAUCUCUGCAAUAUAUAAUUUAU